GCGGCUUAUCUUGGGAAAUCCCGGCGGCCAAUCACAGCCGCACAUUUGCUUGCCCCGCCCCUCCAUCAUCGCCAUUCGCCAGCCAGUCAGUCCCUACUGUACCAUCACUCCCUCAGCUAGCUCUCCGAUCCGUCCACCACCACCAGCAGCGAGUACGGACAAGACCAAUAAUGGCGCUGCGCAUACCCACCAUCUCCUCGUCCCACGGGCUGGCCUCCUCGCCGGCGCCGACGUGCCGGCCGGCUGUCUUCUUGGCGGUUGGCAGCAGCAGCAGCUGGGCGGCGGGAGCCCAGCAGAAGAGGAGCCUGCUGCUGGCGACGACGACGACGACGGCCUCCGAGACGAGGGGAGCUGGAGUCCUCGCGCCGGUGAGGUCGAGCGGGAUCGAGACGUCGACCUCGGUGGGAGCUGAGGCCGUCACCGGGCAGGUCACGGAGGUCAACAAGGACACCUUCUGGCCCAUCGUCGAGGCCGCCGGCGACAAGGUCGUCGUCCUCGACAUGUACACCGAAUGGUGCGGGCCUUGCAAAGUGAUGGCUCCCAAGUUCCAGGAGAUGUCUGAGAAGAACCUGGAUGUUGUCUUCCUCAAGCUCGACUGCAACCAGGACAACAAGCCGCUUGCAAAGGAGCUGGGAAUAAAGGUUGUGCCAACGUUCAAGAUCCUCAAGGGUGGGAAGGUCGUCAAGGAGGUGACCGGCGCCAAGAUCGAGGAGCUAGCGCAUGCCAUCGACACACUCAAGUCAGGCUGAUCUCACAAGAACAAAGCAAAAUGGCCUCAGCUAGCUAGCUCAUCAAAGCAAGAUCGAUCCAUCCAUACAUGUGGGCGAAUGAACUAGCUAGCUAGCGCGUACUUGAUGUGGUACUAGUGUAGUGUAGCCACCACACACGUACUGCACAUCCCUUUUGUGGGAGUAGAUACAUGCAUGCAGAAACACAUCAAGCUAUUCUAGUUCUUCUGCUUAUGAUUUAUCGAUCGCGAUCGGUCAUCAGGACCGGCAAAUACACAAUUAUUCAUUGUUAUAUUGGAUGGAGUGCUAUGCUAGCUCGUUGUAAAUAACCAUCAUCAGGUUAUCAUCUUCUCUCUCUUGUCUAGCUGCUUCAGAGAGUUCAGAGCA